AUGUGCUCACCCCGAGAUGUGCUGACCCCGAGAUGUGCUGACCCCGAGAUGUGCUCCCCCUGCGCUGUGCUCCCCCUGCGCUGCGCUCCCCCUGCGCUGCGCUCCCCCUGCGCUGUGCGCCCCCUGCGCUGUGCUCGCCCUGCGCUGUGCUCCCCCUGCGCUGUGCUCCCCCUGCGCUGUGCUCCCCCUGCGCUGUGCUUGCCCUGCGCUGUGCUCCCCCUGCGCUGUGCUCCCCCUGCGCUGUGCUUGCCCUGCGCUGUGCUCCCCCUGCGCUGUGCUCCCCCUGCGCUGUGCGCCCCCUGCGCUGUGCUCACCCUGCGCUGUGCGCCCCCUGCGCUGCGCGCCCCCUGCGCUGUGCUCCCCCUGCGCUGUGCUCCCCCUGCGCUGUGCGCCUCCUGCGCUGUGCUCCCCCUGCGCUGUGCUCCCCCUGCGCUGCGCUCCCCCUGCGCUGUGCUCCCCCUGCGCUGUGCUCCCCCUGCGCUGUGCGCCCCCUGCGCUGUGCUCCCCCUGCGCUGUGCGCCCCCUGCGCUGCGCGCCCCCUGCGCUGUGCUCCCCCUGCGCUGUGCUCCCCCUGCGCUGCGCUCCCCCUGCGCUGUGCUCCCCCUGCGCUGUGCUCCCCCUGCGCUGUGCUCCCCCUGCGCUGUGCGCCCCCUGCGCUGUGCUCACCCUGCGCUGUGCUCACCCUGCGCUGUGCUCACCCUGCGCUGUGCUCCCCCUGCGCUGUGCGCCCCCUGCGCUGCGCUCCCCCUGCGCUGCGCUCCCCCUGCGCUGUGCUCCCCCUGCGCUGUGCUCGCCCUGCGCUGCGCUCCCCCUGCGCUGUGCUCCCCCUGCGCUGCGCUCCCCCUGCGCUGUGCUCCCCCUGCGCUGCGCUCCCCCUGCGCUGCGCUCCCCCUGCGCUGUGCUCCCCCUGCGCUGUGCGCCCCCUGCGCUGUGCUCCCCCUGCGCUGCGCGCCCCCUGCGCUGUGCUCCCCCUGCGCUGUGCUCGCCCUGCUGGCCGGGAGAGGAUGA